AUGCCUCAGAUGCUACAAGACGCUAUGCUCCGCCUCCGCAUCAGUGGAUUCAGCGUGCUUGCUCUCUCGCUGAGAGUCAAAUACUCGGAGCUCUCGGCCUUUACGGCUAUGACGGUGUUUGCGCUCGAUGAUUCGUCGAUCUUCGCUGGCGGACACUCGUACGUGUCCGAUUUGAGGCUUCAUAUUGUGCCGGAUAGACGGUUGAUGGGAGCUGAUCUGGAGAGUUUGGCGGCGGCGACGGUAUUGCCCACGAUGGAGAAGGGGGAGAAGCUGGUGGUGACCACCGCGAGCGGCGGAGGUCCGUUGGCGCCAAUGAGAAUCAAUUACGCGAAAAUCACGAGCUUUGAUUUGAUAUACAACCUCAAUAUUGCGGUUCAUAGAGUGUCAAUGCCGUUUACGCAUGUUAAUCAGACGGAUGGAGUGGAUUCGAACAGGAUCAGAGACUGCAAGCAGGAUGAUCUGGGUUCGAAGGUCGCCGCGAAAUCUGGUAUUUGUCAGAUUGAUACCCCAUCGAUGAAAAUUGAACGGACGGUGGAGAAUGAAGAUCAUCGUGGUUUGUGA